GAGUGUUCCUGCACUGAGAGAGGCAUGAGUUGUGGUGUUGGCCUUAGACUCUUGUGACAGUUGGCACCUCCUGCCUCUCCCGUGCCUUCCUGUCAGGCUGAGUGACAGUUGUCAGCAGGCAGGAGGAGUAUAAGAGGAGCACAGCUCYGUGCCUUGGACUUCAGGAGGAUUGCUGAGCUUCAGUACUGCUCAGAGCAUCUGCUAAGAAAAAACUUCUUCCUGGCAUGGCAAGUGGGAAGGCCUUAAAUCCUGAACUUUCUAAGCUUUUCAAUGAAAUGUGGGAUGCAGAUGUUCACCGCCUCACACCUGGGAAAGACUACACCAUUGAUGUGCAGGGAAAAGCAGGUCCAGCACAGCAAGGUGACAGUGCUGUCCAGGACAAUGCAGCCAGACAUCUGUUUCAAAAUGUAAAUGAAGAACGCCUGAAGAGCAUAAAAACUUUUGCAACCUUUAUCUCCUUAUUGGACAACUAUGAGACAUCAACUGGUGUAGCAGAAGUAGUGACUCCAGAAGAAAUAGUUGAAAACAAUUGUUUUCUUGAUGCAAUUUUAGCAACACAAGUCAUGAAACUAGCUCAUGACUAUCUGCUGAAAAAAAAACUAGCAAAGCCAACCCUUGCCGAUUUCAAGCAUCAGCUUUAUGACAUCUGGUUCCAGCUCUAUGCCAGGAAAGAAGGAGACAGGCCUGAUUCUUGUGGCUUUGAGCAUGUUUUUGUAGGAGAAACAAGGCGUGGUAAAGAGAUUUUAGGUUUGCACAACUGGGUGCAAUUUUACCUUCAGGAAAAGCGCAGCCAGAUUGAUUACAAGGGAUAUGUGGCUCGGAAGAAUAAAACCAGGCCUGACAGAGAUGAUCAAGUUUUGAGCAUCCAGUUCAGCUGGAAGGACUCAAUCAAGCCAAUUGGAAGCACCUUUAUUGGUGUCAGCCCGGAGUUUGAAUUUGCCAUUUAUACCAUCAUUUUCCUGCUGUCUGAAGAAACAGUCUCACGUGAAAGAGUGAAGAUAGAUGAGUAUGAGCUACAGUUGGUUGUCUGGCGCCACGGGCACCACAUUGGAACAGCAUAUCCAGUACUGCUCAGCACCACCAGUGAACACUAGUAGAGGGAGCAGGAAACAUUUCUUUUUAAAUCAGGGGAAGGGAGGACUGGUGGAGAGAGGAGGAAUGGAUGGGGGUGAUGCCUGAUGAUUUUUGCUCUUCCUUUUUACGCUUUCUGUACCCUCUAUGCAUCCACCUGUACCCCUUAGCCCACAUGCUUGUAAUUCCUGGAACCUGAUAUUCCAGCUUAGUUUAGGAGUUCUGCUGGGCAGAGAGACCAAACAUCCUGAGGAAGGAGUCAUCAUGCCCUGUGCUAUCUUAAACUCGAGGCUCCAGCCUUAGGUGAAGCCUUCUCUCUGGAACAUCUUGUGUAAACUAAGCUCUGGCCUCAUCUGGGGAGGGAUUCAUUAGAAUAGGGGGACAUUACUGCAUUUGUUAAAUUUCUUAUCAGGGAAUCCUAUGUAGAUAUGCUAAUUCCUGAAACCUAUAAAACUUGUAUCUGUGCUAUACACGGGUGUGCAUUUUGCCAUCAAGUUGUGCACCUGGGAUCCCAAAUACCGAGGUAAAACCCUUUUUAUCCCCUUAACCGUGUCUGUGUCAUUAAAAACUGGCCCUUUCAAGGCAACAGGGGGUGGACAGGACCAGACAGCAAAGUUAAUAUGUUGUUUUAUACAACCCAUUUCCAACAAAAAUUGAUGACUCCAUCUCUUUUGAUCUGCAAUGUAGUGUUUAAUCAGUAGUGUGCUGUGACAGUGUCUGAGAAACCAUGAAACGUACUCCUGCUCACAUUAAAUUUACAUCUAACUCACAAGUCUUCCCUUGUGAAUGGUAGCACUGCACUUUCCAGCAUAAAAUGCCAUUUAGGAAAAGGUUGUAUUAAAACUGAUA